AUGGCCCUCAGGCUGUACGAAGCGCCAGCUCCCAACCCGUUUGUGGUUCGACUUUUCGCCUUAGAGCGGGGGGGACUUGAUAUCGACGUUGAACAAAUCGACAUCAUGACAUUACAAAAUCGCAGACUCUCUUAUCGAACCAAAGUCAACCCUCGAGGUGAACUGCCGGCACUUCGCGUGGGGAACGAGGUCAUCACCGAAAUCACAGCAAUCUGUGAACUACUUGACGAAGUCGCAACUGGAGGCGACUCUCUUUUUGGGAAUGGGCCCAUCGAGAGAGCCAAAACCCGAAUGUGGCUGCGUCGCAUGGAUCUCGAGAUUGCGCAGCCGAUCAUUACCUGGUUCCGAAACGACCCAGACACUAUCGACUUCUACAAAGGAAACCGUUUGCCGACGCCCCAGGCUCGAGUGAACGAGAAAGUAUCUAUCAAUCAGGCCCUGAAUCGCCUGGACGACGAGCUUGAAGGAAAGAAUUAUCUAGCUGGCGACAGAUUCUCCGCCGCCGAUAUACAUCUCUAUGGUCUCACAAAGAUGAUGAUAUCAGGUCCUGGGGCACCCGCUGGCUGGGUGUUGGCACCUGGAAGGACGAAUUUCUUGGAGUACUUUGCUCGUAUAGACGGACGUGCUGCUUCUCAGAAGGCACUGAAUACCUUUGGGACUCCUAUCAAACCUUGA